AAAAAAAAAAUCAGUGUGUAAUCAAUCAAUUCUGCAGUCAAGCGCUGGGAUUGGAAUUUUAUUGUUAACUUUUAUAAUGUAUUAUAUUGUAGGGCAUAGUCUUAGGUUAAAAAAGUGGUAGUUUUAAAAUGGAACAAUGAAAAUAAAAACGUGAAAUGUAUAACUUGUUGUGCUAUAAGUGGUAUAACUGUUAAAUGUUGGUGGUUUUGGGCUGGUCCGUUUACAGAAACGGAAACAAUCUAUGUUUCCACUCGCUUUUAGGACCGUUCUGUAAAAUAUUUAGGUGACAACAGUUUAGUUUCUUGUAUAAAUUGUACAGAAUUUAUAUUAUUGUAAUGUAAAUAAAAAAAUAUUCUUUGCUGGCGCAUGCGUCAAGACGAAAAACAGACAAAGGUUUUGUGGAGUUUGAAAAUCAGCUGUAUUAUUUUAAUGUGCAAUGAGUUAGUGCCCGUGGUGUGUUUGAAGAAGUGACAAUGAUUAGUGAAAUUGGAUACACAGUGUUUGUGCUCCUGGCCCUGCCUUACAUUGAAAGUGCAACCCGUCGCGAACUAAGCGAAUACAUCACAUACUACGAGCCGCUCGAGUACGACGCGAGCGAUCUGCACGAGCAACACACGCGCGCGCGGCGCUCCACAGACGCACCCGCCGACUUGCGGCUCAAGUUCCGCGCACACGGCCGGCGGUUCCACCUGCGGCUCCGGCGCGACCUGUCCGCCUUCCAUGAGGACUUGCAGGUGGAGGGCUCACAGGGGCAAAUACACAAUGUCGACACUUCGCACAUAUAUCACGGGGAAUUGGCUGACGAUCCCCAAUCGAAGGUGUUCGGUUCGGUGACGGACGGCGUGUUCGAGGGCAAGAUCAUCGCCAGUGACGGCGCGUACUACGUCGAGCACGCGCGGCGGUACUUCCCGCCGAACGGUACCCGCUCGCGGGGGCCCCACUCCGUCAUCUACCGCGAGGGCGAUGUGGUCGACCCGUACGCGCACAGGAGACACGGUCACGUGGGCGGGUGCGGUAUCACAGACGAGGUGGUGCAGUGGAUGGAGCGCAUCCAGAACUCUGGUGUAGAGGACGAGGUGUCACCGUCACCGCCCGCGCCGUCAGCCAACCCCUACCCGCACCAUAUACCGUCUUCGCCCCCGCCACAUCCUAACAGCUUGAGGGAUGAUAACCCUAGGUUCUGGGACAUGCAGUACCACGACAAGUACUCGCGGGCGGCGAACAGCGGUCACUCGCGUUCGCGGCGAGCGGCCAAGGAGGCGAACCGGACCAGCUGCUCGCUAUACAUACAGACGGACCCGCUCAUAUGGCGGCACGUCAGGGAGGGAUUUCCUGAUCACCGAGACCCCAGCAAGAAGGCCGAAGUGGACAUGAAGACCCGCGAGGAGCUGCUCUCGCUGAUCGCGCACCACGUGACCGCCGUCAACUACAUAUACAAGAGCACGCGCUUCGACGGACAUAUGGAACACAGGAACAUACAGUUUGAAGUGCAGCGGAUAAAGAUCGAUGACUCGGAAUGCAACCACCACUACGGCACCAGCGAGACGAACCAAUUCUGCCUCGAGAACAUCGACGUGUCCAACUUCCUGAACCUGCACUCGCUCGCCAACCACGAGGACUUCUGCCUCGCCUACGUGUUCACCUACCGGGACUUCACCGGGGGCACUCUAGGUCUAGCCUGGGUCGCAAGCGCGAGCGGCGCGUCGGGCGGCAUCUGCGAGAAAUACAAGACCUACACGGAGACUAUAGGCGGCAUGUACCAGAGCACGAAGCGGUCGCUCAACACGGGCAUCAUCACGUUCGUCAACUACAACAGCCGCGUGCCGCCCAAAGUCAGCCAGCUGACGUUGGCUCACGAGAUCGGACACAAUUUCGGCUCGCCACACGACUAUCCGUCGGAGUGCCGACCAGGCGGCCAGCAGGGCAACUUCAUAAUGUUCGCGUCGGCCACCAGCGGCGACCGCCCCAACAACAGCAAAUUCUCCGCCUGCUCAAAAGGGAACAUCAGUCAAGUGCUCGACGCAGUACGGGAUGGACGGAAGAGGAACUGCCUCUCGGCCAGCCAGGGAUCGUUCUGCGGGAACAAGAUUGUGGAGCUAGGAGAGCAAUGCGACUGUGGCUACGACGAGCUCGAGUGCAAAGACCGGUGCUGCUACCCGCGCGUCAUCAACGACACGGAGCGCAGCCUCAACAUGAGCGCCCGCGGCUGCACCCGGAGGGCCAUGACUCAGUGCAGUCCGUCACAAGGCCCGUGCUGCAACGCGCAGACAUGCAUGUUCGUAACAGCGGGCGCCAACCAGACAUGUCGCGAGGCGACCGAGUGCAGUCACGCGUCCUUCUGUUCGGGCCGAUCUGCGAUGUGCCCAGAGCCGAGAGCUAUGGACAACGGCACUCUAUGCAAUAACGGCACCCAACUGUGCAAGUCCGGCGAGUGCAGCGACAGCAUCUGCAAGCUGUGGAACAUGACGGAGUGCUUCCUGUCGUCGGCGCCGACGGCGCGCGGGGAGGGCGUGACGGCCACGGCCGACCGCCGCAUGCUGUGCCAGCUCGCGUGCCAGGUCGGGCCCGACCCCGACUCCUGCCAGAGCACCGCCAGCUUCGCCAAGAAGUACAACCUGCCCGAGGAGGGCAUCAGCCUCCGCCCGGGCUCGCCCUGUGACAACUUCCAGGGUUACUGUGAUGUGUUCCUAAAAUGCCGCGCCGUGGACGCGGAAGGCCCGCUGGCGCGUCUCAAGAAUUUACUGCUGAACCGAGCCACGCUGCAGACGGUCCAGGCGUGGGUGAUCGAGCAGUGGUGGGCCGUGCUGAUCGGCGGCGUGCUGCUCAUCGUGUGCAUGGGCGCCUUCGUCAAGUGCUGCGCCGUGCACACGCCCUCCUCCAACCCCAAGCGGGCUCCGGCCAGACGGCUGUCGGAGACGCUGCGGCGGCCGAUGAACACGCUGCGGCGCAUGCGCCACGCGCACGGCGCGCACCCGGCGCGCCAGGAGCCGCGCGCGCCGCGCCCCGGCCACCGCCGCGCCAGGCACAAGUACACGCCGCCCGCCGCCUACACCCGACCCACUGCCCCAGCAUCAGCGCCGGCGGGCCCCAGCGCGGGCGGGCGGCGCGCGGAGCCGUACGCGAACGCCUACCCGCUGGCCGCCGCGUACGAGAUGCGCUCGCAGAAGGUCUGACACUACGAGUACCCCGGCGGCGGCGGCGGCGGCGGCGGCGCCGGCGCGGCCGACGGCGGCCUCGAGCUGGUGGCGCUGGCGCCCGGCGUGCCGCUGCUGCUCGGCUACGUGCUGCGCGCGCACCCCCCCGCCACCCCCACCCCCGCACACACCGCCACCGUCGCCUCGCAGACCACCAUCACCCUGCACUCCCCCGACACGCUCGCCGUCACCAACCCGCAGCGGCAGGCCGAUAUCUGAACGCUCCUUCUCCCGAUUCAAUGAAUGACACCGGUGAAUGGUGUCAAGUCCGGGUUCGACGCUCGGUCGGACCCGAUUGUCUUUUGUCGGUCGGCUGGCGGACGGUUUGCCUCGUAAUUUACGCGUUGGUCGUCGACGAAACGUGGCGACUGCGAACAUUAUUAGUGAGUAAAAUAAUUUUCAUGAGAUUACGUAAAAGUAGCGUUACAUUCCUGGGAUUUCUAGUAAACAUGUUUCGUCGACGUGGAGGCGCCGCCGAUUGUAUGAAAAAAUGUAUUUGAACUCCUACGAUAUGUUUAGUAAAUGAAAAAAAAACAUAUUCAUUUUUUAAACGACUCUAAACUAAACCACCGCAUGUAAUGUUUCAUUAGUAUAGUUUUUGGACGUUGAAUAACCCCCUAAUGUGAUAGGGGAGGUUAGUCUUUCUCGACUUAGCGGUGGAAGCAGGAAGCCCCAACACUGUUGUAUCCUGUCGCCCUAGUCGUAGGGCGGCAUAACCGUAGACCGCUAUCAGUAGCAUCUCCGCUCGCGUCUACACAUUUUAACUUGUACUACUCUCAUUCUAAUCUUAUAUUUUAGCGCUGAUAUAAUCUAUCAAGUUCAGACACUUUAUUUUGUCGUGAAUUGAAGUUUUAUAUCAGCGAUAUUUGGGUCGAUAAUUAAAAAUGUGUUCUCUCAAAUUAUUCCUUUCCAUUAGAAUAUAUGACAACGCGCAAUAUUGGUUUAAUUGGUAAGAACUAUGUUUGCUCAAUCAAAAAGAUAUAUGUACCUCCUCUAUUCUAUGUAUACUGCGAGCUCAAAGUGUGUCGAUCGAUUACUUCAUUUACGUAUUAUGUUGGUUUAAGAAUGAAAUUAUCUUUGAAUUCACUAAGCCCCCAAGCCCGGGCUUUAUAAAGAUCCGUUACUAAAUAUCUCUGACGGUAACUAUGAGUAUAUCGGCAACUUCAUAUGUUUAUCAUCAAAGCGGAUUUUACUCAAGUAUUUUUAUAAAUCCCAGAGUAAAAGGCGUAUCUUAACGAGCCAGUGAUACUUUAACUACACGAUAAUAAUGGAUUGUCAGAGCUGCUUAUACAACAGGCAUUUAUGUAUAUUUUUGUAUAUAAAUGAAGUAAAGAGUAAAUAAAAAGCUAUUAUGUAAAAAUAUCAAACAAUUGUAACUGAAUACCAAUACUAGUUAGUGUAUAACGCAUUGUUUUACUGGAAUCUCCGUAAUCGUAAUUUUAUAAUCUAUUUUUAUUGUAUUUUAUUGUAAGGGGACGCGGAGGUGCCAUUAUACCAAUUUUAUAAUUCCAUUUGUUGAAUUGAUGUUCUUUUGUAUUUGUUCUUAGCAAACUUUUAUUGAACAUUCGAUUUGAACAACGUAACGCCCAUUUUAGUUGUGUCUCAAACAUUUGGACAAACUACAGUAUGUAGUAAUCAUCACAACUUUGUUAUUACUAUUAAAAUAAUGCCAUAUUCACGUAAACACUGCCAAGCGCUUUUUCUACUUAUGCGCUGUGUGAUAAGUACCAGACAUAGUUGAAAUUAGUGAAGUGUAAAUGUUUAGUUAGACACUACCGCGGUUAGAUUAGUGUGUUCAACUGCCCUUAUUUCCGAAUACCAGAUUUCAUACAUGAUUUUCAAAGGUCCUUUUAAACACCAAACCAGAACUUCCAACAUAAUGUAAGUUCCCUAUUAUCCAAGUAUUAAGAAAUUUGGUAUUUCGGAAAUUCUUGACUUGGGUGUUUAGUAAAUCGGAAAUUUUUAGGUUCGUGGGCCAAGAGCCGCAACUGAAGCGAGUUCAGCCAACGAACCAGUGUUGUGACAACUAGCGGGUGGAAUAUUUUAGGUUGUAACUCUUCAAUCUCUUGAAUCAUUCCGGUCACACCAUUGCAUUAUACAUGAAUGAUUAUUUAAGUGUCUCACGGAUAGUAACUUGGUACUUUUGGCUAUCUGCAUAAAAAAUAACUAAUUCUAAAUACAUAUUCGCACCCGCUGAAGAUAAUACGUUCUAACAAUGUCCUGAAAUUAUUGAAGUCACUGGAAGCUUCAUGGGCUCAAAUGUUUCCAAAUUCUGCAUUUAGUCUUCCUAAGGACUUGUACUUUUUUGUAUUCGUUAAAUGUUAUUUUUAAGUAGAUUGUAAAUUAUAAAAAAAAAACAACAGUAUUGCCAAAUGAUCAAAUAAUUAAAUUAGACUGAAAAUCUUACAAUGUUGUUAUGGUGUUCGUGAUUAUGCGUUCUCUUAGUUACCUCGGUCGUCGCGCGCCGUGGUUUGUUUUCUUCGUGUUACUGGCAAACACAAACUUGCAUAUCACAUUAUAACGUUUACUCUAUUACAUGAUAUACCUACCUGUAAUAUACGAUUACGAUUGUUUGGUCGGUCGUUUCAGUUGAUCUCUUUGAUAGACGAUAUACGUUAAUGGUCAUACAUACUACGCGUAGAGUUAACUUUCCGUCGUGCAAGCCAAAGAGCAUGAUGUAUUUUUUAUGUUUUCUAUACAUUUAAUGUUAAGGGUCAAUCUUAUAAGUAUACCAUAGUAAUGCCAUUUUAUUAGUGAAUAUCGAAACAAUACGCGAAUUCUCAUAACUGUACUAUAACAUUGUAUAUUUGUAUGUAAACCGAGAGGGUAAUGUUUCCGAUGUAGAGCGACUUGACCAAUUGUGUAAAGAUGGAUCACGUAACCAUCGCCGUAGUACUCAAUGGCAUUAUUUCUCCUAAGUAUAAGCUAGAUUACCGUAAUAGAUUAUUUAAAAGACAAUGUGAAUAUUUUUAAUUAAUGAGAUGAAUGUUACAACAUGUGAUUUCAAAAUAAUAAAAAAAAACAAUAAAUUUUACAUUAAA